AUGGAGCCUCUCCAUCAGGACUCGGAUCGUAGCACCGAUCAUGUCCUCCUCCCUCUAAUUGCACCAUACAUCUCCGGAAAGCACUUGGCCCUCCUGGCAGGCGUCUGCAAAGGGUUUGUACGAUGGAGGAACUUUCUCAACGACAGUGCCCAGAGCGGAAGUAUCUGGCAGGCCGCAUACAAUCGCGACAUCCGACCAUACGAGGGAUACUACGCCACUGUUCUUCCAGAGGGAAGACGCAACGACGCCCGCCUCAAAUAUUUAUGGUACCUGAGGAGAAACCUGCUGAUCGAACCCUCUUGGAAAAAGGUCGUCGAUAUUGGAGGAGAACAAGUUCUUGGAAGGUUCGGGACUUCAUCAGCUUCCUUCAUGUACAAGGGGCAGAGUGCAGCGCUCAUGUUCAGGUGGGUGCAUCCCAACUUGACCUCGGCCUUCCAAGAAAAGGGCACUCCAAGAGCCUUUCACUCUGCCACCUACUUCCCCAACAAGAAGACAGGGGCACCACGAGUGCUGAUGUUCGGAGGACUUUCUGACGGAGUUCCUCUCAACACCCUGGAGAGCGUCGAGCUCAAGCUCGCAGCCUCAUCCUCUUCCAAUCCCGGCGACUACCCGCACACUUGGCACUGGAAACAAGUCUCCACCUUGGGCACUCCUCCCAUUCCUCGCUACGGACAUUCAGCGACUCUGUGCGGGCUUGACAAGACCAAACUUGUCAUCAUCGGGGGUUGUCACUGUCACAAUCUGCAUGAUUACAACUCAGUCGGUAGAGAGCUACAGGACGUUCACAUCCUCGACUUGUCUAAAAGCAUUCCAACGUGGUCGGAGCUUGACAUGCGAGGUUUCAUCCCGAUGUACUCCCUUGGCCGCCUGCACAAUGCCGUGCAGGUCGGGCCGCAGAUCUUGUGCUUCGGAGGAGGGCCGACAUCGAAACUUACCAACGAUGUUGUUGCCGUGAACAUCUACGACCAGACGUGGAAGCAGAUCGAGAUGGAAGGACAGGAGCCUUGUCCUCGUCAAGAAUCCUUCAUGGCGCCGAUUGAAGCAGGAUCGGAGAUGGUGAUGUUCGGUGGGCGGAACAAGAAGACGCUGGGGGAUUGCUACAUCUUGCGACUGGGAGGAUUCAAGACUAGGGAAUAUGCAUUCAGUGGCUGUAACUUGAAGCCCGGAUACGACGAGGCCGAGGAUCAGCGCAGGGAGGAGAGGAGAAUGAAGAUGGAAAGAGAGAGGAAGGAGCGAGAGAAGAAGGAGAAGCUGAGGAUCGAGAAGGAGAAAGAGAGGGAGAUGCGAGAGAAGGAGCUCAGGGAGAAGGAGCAGCUGAAGCUGAAGCUGAAGGAGAAGUUGAAGAGCAAGACGAACAAGAAAAAGAAGGGAGGCGCAAAGUUGGGGGAAGAGCUGCUAGCGGCGGUGCUCCCUGGGGCAGCGGCGACGUCAUCAGCUAAUCUCGAUGAAGACCCUGAAGCCGCUUAUCGAAGGAUGAUGAACUCGAUCCUCAUCCGAUCUGUCAUGGGCCAGUACCAGAAUGGUUCUGCCCAUUCUGGAGGAGGCUGCAGCUGUAGCAAAUGCCAACAGCCGAACAUGCCGGAGAUGAUCAAAGCUCUCGAUGCUGAAGAGGAGGAGGAGAAACCCCUUCACCUUGGGGUCAAGUCGUACGGUAGAUACCCCUCCCUUUCGAGGAGAAUCUACGAGGCAAUCCGGCAAGGAUGA